CAUUCUUUGAAUAUUUCAAAUUAUUCCCAUCUUCCAUCAAUUCUUCAAUCAAAAUAGAGUAUUUUCCCAUAUUCCCCUUCCUUUAAGGCCUUCAGCUCCAUCAGCGCCAUCUUUCACGUCCCGACCCAGGAAAAAUACGCAAAUAAUUGGAACCCACUUGAUCAAAAUUUGAUCUUGGCUUGACUCUGUGGGGAAUUUGGCACUGCCACUGUUUCUGUAAUAGUAAUAGAUAGAGAAAAAUAUGAAGAGCAGAAGCAGUGGAAAAGUGUCUGUGAAAUGGAUUCCUAUUUUCUCUAUUUCCUUCUUCUUUAUUGGCAUGCUCUUUACUAACAGAUUUUGGGUCCCACCAGAAUCUGGCGGUCAGCUGAUAUCUCAGCACAGACGGGAGCAAGAGCUUCAGAUCAUCUCUGAGGACUGUACAACCAAGAAGAAAUCAGGAGAACAGGAUAAGGAUGUGAUGGAUGAGGUUUAUAAAACCCAUGAAGCAAUUCAGACAUUGGACAAGUCGAUUUCGAUGCUUCAGAUGGAGUUGGCGGCCAGUAGGAGUAGCAAGGAAAUGGGGAAACCUGAUAGGAGUUCAUCUGCAUCUUCCAAAGAAGGGGCUCCAAGAAAGAAGGCGUUCAUAGUUAUUGGAAUCAAUACUGCUUUUAGUAGCAGGAAAAGGCGUGAUUCAGUUAGAGAGACAUGGAUGCCUCAAGGUGAAAAGCUUGUCAAACUGGAGGAAGAGAAGGGGAUUGUUGUCCGUUUUAUGAUUGGCCAUAGUGCAACAUCUAACAGCAUACUGGACCGAGCUAUUGAUUCUGAAGAAGCUCAACACAAGGAUUUCCUCAGGCUGGAGCAUGUAGAAGGAUACCAUGAAUUAUCAGCUAAAACAAAAAUUUUCUUCUCCACUGCUGUAGCAAAGUGGGAUGCUGAUUUCUAUGUCAAGGUUGAUGAUGAUGUACAUGUGAAUCUGGGUGUGCUAGGUGCAACUCUUGCGCGUCAUAGAUCAAAACCAAGAAUUUACAUUGGAUGUAUGAAAUCUGGGCCUGUUCUUUCUUCAAAGAAUGUCAAAUACCAUGAGCCGGAGUACUGGAAAUUUGGAGAAGAAGGAAACAAGUAUUUUAGACAUGCAACUGGGCAGAUUUAUGCGAUUUCAAAGGAUUUAGCUACUUACAUCUCAAUUAACCAGCCGAUAUUGCACAAGUAUGCAAAUGAAGAUGUAUCACUAGGUUCGUGGUUUAUAGGUCUUGAAGUUGAGCACAUUGAUGAGCGCAGCAUGUGCUGUGCAACCCCACCAGAAUGUGAAUGGAAGGCGCAGGCUGGAAAUGUAUGUGUUGCUUCAUUUGAUUGGAGCUGCAGUGGAAUUUGCAAAUCAGUAGAGAAAAUCAGAUUUGUACAUGAAAGGUGUGGUGAGGGAGAAGAAGCCGUCUGGAAUGCUUUAUUUUAAUUUUGUAUGGUUGCAGAUAAUUGUGGGUAGAGACAGUGGGCUGAGAUUCCAGUUUCCAUUGUCUUGAGUUGGCCACCUAAUGCUCUAACAAGAGGGCGUCAUUCAGACCAAUGAAGGCUUGCUAUUUUACCCCUGGAUGGUCGUAGCUAAGAGAGCCUGUCCCCGUCUGAUAUGAAACCCAUUGGCUUUGACCCCAGUGUAGCUUAACGUAAAGAUGGGGUCUGAGAAGAUAGUAAUUUUGCGAUGAUUGGAAUUCUGCUCAGCUUAUUGGAGAAUGCCGGAUUUGUUAACAAUUUUUCCCGUAAGAGGUAGCUGUAUUUAGCAUCAGUAUUGAUGGAAUACUUGGUACUGAAAAUCAAUACUCCUUCCUCACCUCCAAAUCCUUUGCCCAAGGGCUUUGCCAGCCCUUGGGCAAAAUUAAUAUUGUUUCCGCUUCGCUUCUUAGUUGUUUUACCUGGGCAUGUAGCUCUGUAUCUCUUGUAAUGUAGCACAUUCUUGUUUUCCUUUUUCUGUCUUAUGAUAGUCUUCCUAGCUCAGUAGUUCUCCAGUUUCGCAAACUUCUUGUGAAACUUUCAAGUAUGAAAUCACCUAUGAAGGGUUGGGUAAGUUAUUUAA